CUAGACGUGCUAGCGCUAUAGUGCAGUGCAUUGCGCAAUGCAUAUGCAUGCAGCGCAAGCCAUGCAUAGCUCUCGAGUACCAGUCGGACAUCAUCAAGGGCUACAAAAGUUAGCAUUUGGUGUCUCUCUGUACGUUGUUAACAGCGGGCCUGGCAGAUUCCUACAUCAAUUCAUCUUUAAACCCAAAGUGAUUAGAAAGGUAUGUCAUGUAUGUGAUCAAUGAAAGUCACUGGGGUAGAAUUAUUCUCAUUAAUUAGCUUAUCAGACCAGGCUUUAAUAAGUUCUAGUCUAUCAUGGCAGAAGAAACUAACAGUAACAUACAUGUACAUGUACAUGUAAGUAGCAAUCUAGAUAGUCAACGUAGUCAUAGAAGGCAACAAGGAAGGUGCAAAAUUUGUGGUUCACCUUGUGCAAAUAUAAAAGCAUACAGUACAUAAAACACUGCCUAAUUUACAAAAAUGAGCAUAAUGUGCGUUUUCCAUGUGCACAGCCCGGAUGCCUAAAAACGUGCGCUACAUACAAAGGACUACUUACACAUAUGUCAAGAAAGCAUGAGUGUAAUCAUUCAAAGCCUGGUCAAAGCCACAAACCAUACAUAGAUGCUAGUAUUUCUGUCAAAUUUAGCUUGCAAUUUUGUCAGAGUGAAUGUGCUGAUAUUCAGGAGUUACUUGCACAUUUGAGGAAUCAUAUUGUCGAUGGGAUGUCUGUUCUUUGCCCAUUUUCAAACUGUGAAAAGAAAUUCAACAAUAAGAAAUAAUUUUCUUCACACUUGUCAAGGUACCACAGAGAUUACACUGCUUAUUCUGUUAAGCCUGCAUAAAUUGUACAGGGAGAUCAGCUUACUCCCAAUGUUCAUGUUGAUUUCAGCGAAGUUGAUAGUGAUCCAACUGAAGAAAGUCACAAUGAUGGUGAGGAUUUUCAAGACGAUACUGAUAGUGGUGAUAACAUAGCUGAAUACACAAGGAACAUUGCAUUAUUUUUGUUGAAGCUACUUGCCAAGUAUCUUGUUCCUGAAUCAACUAUCCAAACUAUUGUAGAAGAGAUGUAUGGCUUAUACAAGCUAAGCCGAGAAUGUGCUGCAAAUCAUGUUAAGAAAACCCUACAAGAUGCAAAUAUUUUGAAUGAAGAACUGACAAAAGAUAUUUUGGAUGGUGUUGCAGAACUAGGCUGUAGUUUAGCUCCUCUUGAUGACUCAAACAAGUUUGUAUCUCCACAGUGUUGUGUUCUGAGAUCAACUUUUUUACGCAAAAAUUACUUCAAAAGGAAGUUCUCGUAUGUACAUCCCAUUGAAAUCAAUCUGGGAAGAGAUUCAUCUGGCAAAUCAUACUUCUUUCACUAUGUGCCUAUUCUUGAGACGUUGAAAGUAAUCUGUCAGGACAAAUCUGUGCAGAAACAUUUUGUUUCCACUAGGUUAGAAAAAGGUUUUGGUGACAUUUGUGAUGGACAGAUAUAUCAGCAAAGUGCAUUUUUCAAAGAAAACCAAGAAGCUUUCCAAAUAAUUUUGUAUCAGGAUAGCUUUGAGAUUGUAAAUUCUCUUGGCUCAGCUAGAACUAAGCACAAAAUACUUGCAGUGUACUAUACACUUGGGAACAUUGAUGCCCGGUGUAGAUCACAAGUAGAUCAAAUGCAGUUGGUUCUGUUGUGUAAAGAAAAGACGAUCAAACAAUUUGGACAAGAAGUAUUAUUUUCCAAGCUAGUUGGAGACCUAAAAAAGUUAGAACAGGAAGGCAUAUCAGUCAAUGGAAACCUUUUCAGGGGUUCAUUAUUGGCUAUCUUAGGGGAUAACCUAGGUGCUCAUUUCAUAGGAGGCUUUUGUGAAAGCUUUAAUGCUGAGAACUAUUGCAGAUUCUGCCUUCGCACAAAGACACAAAUUCGAGAAGAGCCUCCCUAUGUAGAAGGAGAGUAUAGAUCACCAGAAUCAUAUGAUCACUCUGUGCGUAUCGCACAGGAAACUCAGACCAAUUCACAUGCAGGGGUCAAAUUUGAUUCAAGCUUCAAUUCUCUGUCUUAUUUUCAUGUUGCAAGUCCUGGUUUACCUCCAUGCCUUGCUCAUGACAUUUUUGAAGAUGUACUGGACUAUGAUUUGGCAAUGUUUAUUCAGUAUUUUGUUGACUCCAGAUGGUUCACAUUUGACUUGUUGAAUGACGAAUUGAAAAGGUUCCCAUUCUCUACAAGUGAUUCAAAGGAUGUGAUGCAUUCAGUUAGGAAAGGCGAGAAAGUUGGUGGACAGGCAGUUGAGAACUGGUACUUUCUCCGUUUUUUCCCAAUGAUUGUCUUUUCAUUUGUCAGUGAUCCUGAAGACCCAGUUUGGGAGCUGAUGCUGAAGUUGAAGAGCAUAGUAGAGAUUGUUGUGUCACCCAUGAUUGAUCAUUCUGAGCUAGCCUAUCUCAAGGUACUUGUAGAGGAAUAUCUUGAAGACAGGCAAAUGUUAUUCCCAGAUAAGAGGCUUAGGCCUAAGCACCAUUUCUUAAGCCAUUAUCCUUGGCUCAUAUUGAAGUUUGGCCCUCUGACAAGAGUAUGGACCCUUCGCUUUGAGAGUAAACAUGUUUUUUUCAAAAGAUGUGUACGUUACUCUUCAAACUUCAAAAAUGUUACAGCAACAUUAACAGAAAGACAUCAGUUAAUGCAGGCAUAUUUCUGUGAUGGGCAGUUGUUCCCAGAGAGUGUUAAGGCUGAUAGAGGGACACAGUUUGACCCUUCUCUCUAUGCCAGCAAUAUUCAAAAUGCUGUGCAUUCUAGGCCCAUUCUUCAGCGAAAUUGUGAGGCAUCAGAUGAGGUGACUGUUUUUGGUACACGAUACAGGAAAGGCAUGUAUGUUGUUGUGAAGCAUGCAAAAUCAUGGACAUUUGCAUGCAUACUCCUGGUUCUAGUAUCUGGAGAAACUGUCAAUUUUGUUGCAAGGCAGUGCCAGUCUACAUACCAUUACAAAUAUGGCCUAUAUGAAGUAUACAGUGACAGCAACUCAAAUGUAGUAUGCAUUGAAUUCACAGAUCUCGCAGAUUAUUUUCCUCUCACCGCAUACAGAAUCAGGGAUCUGAAAUGAUCACCCUAAAAACAAGCCAAUGUGUCAACAGUAAUGUGCUAAUAGGGCGCCCUUGAUGUCUAGCUAAGUAGCAUAUUUUUUAUGGAGCUCCGUUUUAAACUUUGAAUUUUCGGCCAAAAUUCUAUUUUCUGCAUCCUGAGACAUAAAUAACUGAAGAUGGGUAAAAGUGACAGACUUAAGAGACAACGCCAAGCAACUUCUGAGGAAAAAAGUGACGUCGAAUCAGGAAAACGAACAAUUCUGACAAGACUGCCACGCCCCGGGAAAAGGUACGUACUGCAAGUACGAACGAUACAGAUACGAUGUUACGUAACAUUUUAUCGAGAAGGUGUCUGUUCUUGAUGAGAUUAAAACUGAUAUAAAUACCAUAUCAGAGAGAAUGAGCAGAAUUGAAACUAAGUUUGAGAGGAUGGAUACAAGGAUUCAAGAUGUGGAAAAUGCGACAGAGUUUAUGGAAAAUGAAAUGAGGGAAAUGAAGGAAGAAAUUCAAAACAUUCAAGCAACAAAAGCGAGCUAUGAAUAUGUUAAUAAGCUGAGAAGAGAUGUAGUAGAUCUAGUCAACCGUAGGAAGCAAAACAACGUGAUCCUACAUGGGAUUCAUGAAGGGGUAGAAGGCGCACCGAGCAAUUGCAUAACAUUUGCACGUCAUGCGUGACUUCUUCAGGCAGUAUUUGCAUAUCAAUGAUGUUGAGAUUGAACGUGCCCAUCGAACCCCCGCCAGCGCCAGAGAUCAGCGAAGCGAGAGACCGAGUCGACCACGCCCAAUGCACGUUAAAUUGCUCCGAUACACAGAUAGAGUGGCAAUCUUGAAAGAAAGCGGCAAACUCAAAGCAGUUGAAAUUCAGGGGUCACGUGUUGGAAUAAGCGAUGAUGUUCACAUGGAUACAAGAAACGAACACAAGAGGCUAAUGAUGAAAGUGAAAGAUCUUCGAUCACAAAAUAAAUUUGCAUUCAUCCCAAACUCAGUACCACGUGUUAUAAAGUAUAAAGAUGGCCCCAAAGAUCUACCCGGCCCCCUUAAAACAUUGAGGUUGGCCGAUCUUGAUAACGGCAAUGUUAAAACGGUCUGAUAAAGUGUUUAGAGAAAUAAACAAUACGACUACGUCUCUCUUUUUAUGUCAUACGAAUGUCUGUGCCGACAACUAAUCUUUUACUGCCAGGAGCUCCCCUCCCUGCACUCCUUUUUGUUUUUUCCAUCAUGAUAGGUAGACUUAAAGCGGUCGACCCUCUGACUUUUUUUUUACCCUUAUUUUUUAUGUGUCUGGUACGGGUAGUCCGGUUUUUAGGUUUUUGUUUUUUUGCCUAUAAAUCUAGGCCUGAAAGUAAUUCACAUUAUAUUUUACUUUUCAUGUUUGUAUUUGUGAAGAUAUCUCAAUACUUAAUUAUACGGUUGUUAUCAACACAUAAUAACCUAUCAACGUUAUGAACGAUUUUAUAGAUAUAAAAAUUUGCUCCCUGAAUGUAAAGGGAUUGAGAAACGAUUUUAAGAGAAGGUGCAUUUUCAACUGGAUCAGGACUCUUGACUUUCAUCUAAUACUAUUACAAGAAACCCACUCGACAACGAGAUCAGAGCGAAGAUGGAAACACGAAUGGGGAUAUAAAAUAUUAUUUAAUCACGGAACAUCAGAAAGUGCCGGAGUGUGCAUUCUCUUCAAACCAUCUGCUUCAUUUGACGUUGUAAACACUGUUAAAGACGACCACGGAAGAAUACUACUUACGAUAUUAAAAAUAAAUGAAAUGAUGUUAACAGUUGGAAAUAUUUACGGUCCAAACAACGACGACAGUUCUUUUUUCGAAGACUUACAUUCUCUUAUAUUUGAACAUUGUGAAGAACCCUAUGUGUAAGCAGGAGAUUUUAACACGGUUUUGGAACCCACAAAAGAUAAAUUCCCCAAAGCUUUCCAAAACCAUCCAAGAUGUAAAAAGGUAAUAAUAGAAAUAAUUGAUGAUUUUGAUUUACUGGACGUUUGGCGCCAUACUCAUCUACCAGACAAAAAAUAUACAUGGAUGUCAAAAGAUAUGAGAUUCAGAAGUAGAAUUGAUUAUUUCCUCAUUUCUCAAACCUUAUCGUCUUCUGUUGUAACAAGUGACAUUACCUAUGGUUAUAAAUCAGAUCAUUCGUUGGUAUCACUAGUUCUAAUAAAAUCAAUUACCAAAAGGGGGCCAGGUUUCUGGAAAUUGAAUACCUCUCUUUUAGCUGAUAAUGAUACUGUCAAGAAAAUUAAAAAAGAAAUUGUUUCAAUUUUGAAUGGAAAUGAUAAUCUUCACUCCUUCAACGCUGGGAAUAUUUUAAGUAUAAAAUAAAACAGAAGAUAAUACAAAUCUCAAAACAAAAGAAAAUGGAAGAUCAGGAGAAAAUGAAAAGUUUAGAAAAAGAAAUCAAUUAUUUAAAUGAUAUUAUUCAAAGUUGUGUGGAUAAUGAAUUAGCAAGCAAAUUAGAAGAGAAAAAAAGAGAAUUUGAAAUAUUACAUGAAAGUGUUGUACAUGGGGCAAUCGUGCGAUCGAAAGUGAGAUGGAUCGCAGAGGGAGAGAAAAAUACCAAAUACUUUGCAAACUUAGAAAAAAGAAAUUACCAACAGAAAUGUAUAUUUCGGCUCCAAACAGAUACAGGUAUUAUUUUUAAUUCAAAAAAUAUUCUUGAAGAAGAAAGGACCUUUUAUGCUAAUUUGUAUUCAUCUCAAGAGAACAUUCUGAAUAGGAAUAUAUCAAUGAAAAACUUAAAUAUACCAACUGUAAAUGAGAGUGACAUAAAUAUGUUGGGAUCAAUGAUAACAGAGAAGGAGUGUUAUGAUUCGAUUAUGUCUUUUGCAAAUGACAAGUCACCAGGGAGUGACGGGUUGCCAAUUGAGUUCUACAAGACUUUUUGGAAUGAAAUAAAUCCUUUACUAUGUUUAGUUUUUAAUGAAAGUUUUGAAAAAAAUGUAUUACCUCAUUCAAUGAGGAAAAGUAUUAUUACACUGUUGCCUAAAAAAGGGAACCAUUUACUUUUACUGAAAAAUUGGCGUCCAAUCUCUUUAUUAAAUAGUGAUUAUAAGAUUCUCGCAAAAAUAAUUUCUUUCCGAAUAAAAAAAGUAAUAUCACAUAAAUCUCAUAAAUCAUGAUCAAUGUGGUUUUCUCAAAGGACGUUAUAUUGGCGAAAAUAUAAGACUUUUUAUUGAUAUUCAAAAUUAUUGCAAAAAGCACAAUGUUGGCGGUCUUGCACUCUGUAUUGACUUUGAAAAAGCGUUCGAUACAGUUGAGUGGUCUUUUAUAUACAAAACUAUAAGGAGGUUCGGUUUCAGUGAAAAAUUUGUUCGUUGGGUUCAACUUCUUUAUGUUGAUAUUAAAGGUUGUGUAAUAAAUAAUGGCUAUUCCUCAAAUAUUUUUGAAAUACACCGCGGAGUAAGACAAGGUUGUCCGCUCUCGCCAUGUCUCUUUAUUUUAGUUGUUGAAAUUUUAGGUUGUUUAGUUCGAAAAAAUCAAGAAAUUCGUGGUUUAAAAAUAUAUGAUAAUACUGAAAUAAAAAUAAGUCAAUACGCAGACGACACAACCAUUUACCUUGAACCCAACGAACAAAACUUAAGAAAAUGCAUAUCUGUAUUAAAUACUUUUAAAGAAAUGUCUGGAUUGAAAGUCAAUGUUGAAAAGUGUAAUGUUAUUCAACUUGGGAAUUGUACGAUGUAUUUAUGCCAAGACAUUUCUUUUCAAUGGCCCGUAGAUUAUUUUUCUUAUUUAGGCAUAAAAAUCCCA